AUGUUUGCCAAUGAGAUAAAGAUCUGGAGUACCAUACGAAGCGAUGUUGACGAGGCGCGACUGCAGACAAUCCUGGACCACCUCGAGCAAUGGUCGAAAGACUGGCUUCUACCGUUCAACGUAAACAAGUGCAAUUUCCUACGGGUCGGCAGAACCAGUUCCCCUAAUCACACAGUCUACCGUCUGGCUGACAAACCACUGCAAGUAGUCGACGCGCAGAAGGACUUGGGUGUAUGGAUCACAACCUCGCUUAAGCCUUGGCUGCAAUGUUCAAAGGUGGCCAAGUCGGCGAUGUCUAUUCUAUACUUCGUCAAACGGGCGUUCUCCUACUUUGAUGACGACUGCUUCGCCAAGGUCUUUAAAACCUUCGUGCGACCGCAUCUUGAGUUUGCUAUCCAAGCAUGGAGAACCUGGACCGCUAAAGAAUUCGGCAUACUUGAAAAAGUUCAACGGCGAGCAACGAAACUUGUAUCUGGGCAGUGGUCACUACCCUACGGAAAACGAUUAGCUUAUCUUGCCCUAUUUCCUUUGAGUAACAGACAGCUACGUGGGGACCUGAUACAAGCAUUCCGCAUCGUGCGCAAUCAGGGCUGCUGCCUCGCAUCAGGAGACUUCUUCGAGUUGGUGACUACGACAAACAUGAGAGGCCAUUCACUCAAACUGCGUGGGACUGGUGCCCGGCUAGACACACGAAAGUUCUUCUUCUCCAAGAGAGUGACUGCAGCUUGGAAUGCCUUGCCUGAGGAUGUUGUUAUGUCGGCAUCCGUCGAUACUUUUAAACGGAGUCUAGAUCACCAUUUGAGCGCGAACCACAAUAACGGGGGUCUGCAGCCACCUUGAUAGCCAACAUUUACGAUUUAUUGUUAUGGAGAUGCUACUACAAGUGUGCUUCUAAUGUCCGCUGUAUUUUAUCAACAAAGCAAGUGAAUGCGCCUCUAAACUCUGUUAACGCAUGACAUUCUGUGUACAUCAGUCAAGUUUUUGCUUUUCCCAUCGCAUUUCCUUCAUGAUACUUCCUUUCCAUUUCCUCCACAUAUAUCCUCUGCAUGUAAAAAAUAGGGAUUUCAAAGGUACACGCCUACUUUCCUUGAAAUGUACUGAUACUGAUAUUGAUACUGCCUCUCUGGACUGCGUCUACACGGUGGUCUGUGUCUACCACGUGAGCGUGCGAGGAUCGACAACUUGAUGUUCAUUAUUUGACCCUUUCCUAAACUGGUGCGCUGGGAGAUGUUCUUUUGGAUAAAAGCCGGCUCCUGCCACCAAUAUAAGCUGCCCAGUCCACAGGUGGAACAGAAGAAGGAGUAAAUAUACAUAGAUGUGGUCUGGGCUAGUAGAUUUUCCUCUUCAGGCCUAUAUGGCCACUAUUGAAGAUGUAAUGGAUGAAUAGGCGAUACUGGCGCGUGGAUAAUUAAGCUGUACGUGGGCAUUGGAGGGGGGAGGGGAGGGGAGGGGGAGAGUGAAAGAGCACAAUUGCAGUCCGAGUCAGCGAGAAGGUGGGUCACGGCGGCGAAGGUUAUUACAUGGGGGCGGGCGGGCGGGCGUGCGGCCGGGUGGGUGGGUGGUUGGCUUAGUGGCUUUGACCCAUGCCAACUGUGGGCGCAACCUGUAGGAAAUUCUUCUGGGCGCAUAGCACCGGUCCGCUCCGCGUAGCCUGAUUGCAGCCGCCUCUGCCGUAGCCAAGAAGCGCCGCCCAAGCUGAUUUUGGAUAGUUUAAUGGCACCUUCUAAAUUACACUGUAGGACUCCCUGGUCUGCGUAGAAGGUGGUCUGCGUCUACCUCAUGAGCGCGCGAGGAUCUAGCUCUUUAUGUUCUUUGUUUGACGCUUUUUUAACCUGGCCUGCUGAGAGAUGUUCUUUCAUUCUAUUGGAUAAACGUCUGCUCCUGCCACCAAUAUAAGCUGCCCAGUCCACAGGUGGAACAGGUGAAGGAUCUGGAUACCCGUUUUGGCACAAAAAAGGCCUUCGAUGGCCUUAAGGUCUUUCUCAACAAUAUCAGCUGGGCAGAUUCUUCUCACUCUUUCUGUCAUACACAGCGGACUAAAUUGCGUUUAGAGUUUAGCGCUACGAAACUUCCAAAAUGCGUGUUUUUUCAGGACAAGGUUAUCUUACGAUAGACGCUUCGUCCAAUGCUGCCGUCAGGUCUUCUGCUCAAAAGCACAUUCAUAAAGGCAAAUGAAACGUUGGACUGUUCUUCCUAUUCCACCAGAGUGAAUUUUAUUGAUGGAUACGCCUAAUAUAUAUCAUCCAGUAGACGACUUGAGGUGAUGUCAAUUUGUUUCGGUUCAAUUGCCAAUAUAUUAUCCACGUACCACCGCCCAUAGUAUCUUAAACCGUUGAUCUGGUGACGCAGUUGGAAAACUUUCAACUUUGCCAUGAAUAUAUUCGCCAGGCUACCAGGUUAUCCGGUGUCAGGGUUGAUAUAAAAUCGCGCAUGCUCUCUAAACUCAUAUUCAUGUAUACCAACGCGCAAAGUGUACUUUCUAAAGUGGAUGAACUUCGUAUCCAUAACCACGACAUCCACCCAGACGUUAUCUCAAUAACGGAAACAUGGCUGUCCGAACAAUUUUAUGAUAGAGAGCUCAUGCUCCCUAGAUUUCAACUGUUCCGCUGAGACAGAUAAAUCCGGAGGUGUGGAGGCAUAGUAACAUUUGUUAUGAAUGGCUUAUACGUUUCAUAAUAAACUGCCCAAUUGACUUGUAGUACGGAAGCAUUGUGGCCGACGAUAAGGGCACCGGGCUCUCAAAGCCUCGAUAUCUUGACAGUAUAUCGCCCACAGAGCAAUGACCCUGAAGCUGAUGCCCAAUUGCUGGAGGAAUUUAGGCUAUUUUCAAUGCCACCGACUACUCUCAUGGUUGGAGAUUUGAAUGCACUUCACAUAAACUGGAGCCCGGCCUCAGCCGACUGCUCUGAAGCAGCACUCGACCAGCAGUUACUGCGUAUCUCCGACAAUCUGCCUCUCACCCAACACGUAAUGUUUCCAACGAGAGUUCGAGAGGACCAACAAAUGAAUUGCCUUGAUCUAGUGUUCACCAAGUCCUCUGACAACAUCGAAUUUGUGAAUUGCCUCCCUCCGUUGGGCCAGAGUGACCAUGUAGUUCUCAUGUGGGAAUACACCUUCUUCUCCCUGCUUGCACAACCGCUCGAUUCCCGACACAAUAUUUGGCGCGGAGAUUUCGAACAGAUGAGAAUGAUUCUUAGCCCUAUCGACUGGGCAUUCACUCUCUCCGGCGAUGUCGAAGCGGAUUGGUGUCAGUUCAAAGAGUUAGUCCACAAUCUCAUCUCCAACCACUGCCCAAUCAUGCACAGAAGACUAACAAGUAGGUCCCGCUGGUUGACUCCUUCCUUUAAGAAGGAAGUUAACAAAGAAGAGGACUCUGUGGAAAAGAUGCCUGACUGACCGAACGCCAGAAUCCCUAAGCAGUUAUAAGUUACAGAGAAAUGGGGUCAAAAUUCUCAUCGCCAGAGAUCGGAAAGCCUUUGAAAAGGAUCUUUUGAACCGUGCUAUGGUUAAUCCCAAAGUCCUUUACAGCUUCAUAGGACAAAGCACGCGGAACAGGGAUACCAUCCCACUGCUGCGAACAGCCGAGAGAAUGGAAAUCUCCGAUGACAAGGAUAAGGCGGAGCACCUGUCUCAGUUCUUCCGGUCCGUCGUGGCAAGUGAACCUGAUUUUUGCUUACCUAUGUUUGAAGACGAAGAAACGCCUACCCUCGAAGCCGUAUUUUUCACUGAAGCAAUUGUUCGGAAUGAGUUACUAAACCUAAAAGAAUCGACCUCCCCAAGCCCUGAUGUAAUCCCCGCCAAGCUGCUAAAUGAGCUAGCUCCCGAAAUGUCCAAGCCAUUAGCCUUGAUCUUCCAAACGUCAUUUCUUACCGGGUGCCUGCCCUCUGACUGGAAGUCCGCUACCAUCACUCCGCUUUUUUAAGGGCGGAAGUCGUGCGUCUGCGAAUAACUACAGGCCAGUGAGUCUUACCUCCAUCUGUUGCAACAUCAUGGAAAAGAUCAUUAAGAAGGCCUUGAUGCAGUUCCUCGAGCAGCACCACCUCCUCCGCUCUGAUGCACAACACGGCUUUCGAAGUGGUCGGUCCUGCCUCACGAAUCUGCUCUUUACGCUCGAACGCUGGACCAAAGCACGCUAUGAAGGUAGUGUGGUGCACGCCAUCUACAUCGACUUCAAAAAGGCCUUCGACAGCGUUCCCCACCAAUGUCUCUUGCACAAACUGCGCAACGCCGGAAUUCGUGGACGCCUUCUUGUAUGGAUCCAGAGCUUUUUGGCUGGACGGUCCCAAAGAGUGCAGGUCGGGCGUCAACAGUCCUCGGAGGUAAGCGUGGUGAGCGGCGUCCCAAAGGGCUCAGUCUUAGGUCCCACGUUAUUUCUCGUUCUCAUUAAAUGACUGCGUCAAGGACCUAGACUGUGAUACCAUCCUGUUUGCCGACGACAUUAAAUUGUGGAAAGUUAUUCACAAUGCGGCAGACGCAGACCACCUGCAAGCAAACUUGAACAGGCUCGAAGACUGGUGGAAGCGCUGGCUUAUGCCCUUCAAUAUAAGCAAGUGCAACUUUCUUCAACUAGGCAGCUUCAGAGCCUCCAGCCCCAGGACUUACUUUCUACACGGCACACCACUGCAACAGGUUGACAGUCAGAAGGACUUAGGUGUAUGGAUUAAAUCUUCACUCAAACCAACACUUCACUGCGCGAAGGCGGUUAAAUCGGCUACGGCAACAUUGCAACUCGUUAGGCGAGCAUUUAUGGGAUUUGACCCUGACUGCUUCUCAAAAACACUUGGCACCUUCGUACGACCUCAUCUAGAAUACGCCAUACAGGCGUGGAGACCUUGGACUGCCAAGGACUAUACCGAUUUGGAGAAGGUCCAGAGACGGGCGACCAAAAUGACACAAAGUCUGGGAGCACUGCCCUAUGAAACGAGACUGUCAACCCUCAACAUGUUUCCCCUUUCCUACAGGCAAUUACGUGGUGACCUUAUACUAACAUUUCGCAUUAUCAACGGCCUAGACUGUUGUUUAGAUCCCACUGAUUAUUUCACCCAAGCUAAUACGCCCACUUUGCGCGGUCAUCCCCUAAAACUACGCAGGGAAAUCGAUAAUCAAUGGACGAAAGUUCCUUUUCAGUAACAGAGUGGUUGCAGCGUGGAAUGCCCUGACUACCGAAGUUGCAAAAUCCUCCUGUGUGAAUUCCUUAAAGUGUAGACUCGACACGCAUCAAGCUUCCCGAUUACCACCCUUACAUCCACACACAUAACACGGUACAUCUUAGACGUGUUUAUACUACUUGUAAUUAGAAAGUGACAGUUAUUGAUUUAUCUUUUUCGACCAGCUGUCAGCCAUUACGUACAAAACCCAUUUUUCAACUUCGCAAAUAUCAAUAUAUUUCUCCUACGACUUGUAACCAAUAGGGAGUUCAAAGGCGCUCGCAUAUAUUUCCCUUAAUACACUGAACUGGACUGACUGGCUAACGUUCACUAAAGUGGUUGUAGGCUCUCUAUCGAAACUGGCUGAAUGUCAUGUGAUUGGUUCAAGAGGUUCAUGAAACUCUAAGUGGUUGGGAUUCUGGCGAGGACAGCAAAACUUAGGAACCAACCAUAAGGCUUCAAUCGAUGAUUUAUCAAGAGAUAUGCACGAAUAAUUGUGUACGUACCGACUUGCAUCUUUAGGAAGCUUACAUUGUGAUUUGCCCUCGUGAAUACUCCCACAACGUAGGGAAGUCCUGUCGAAGCCCUCUCCAGGUGUCCCGACAAUUAUGUGUUGCCGAAAUGUGUUUCAUUCAUGCCUCCGGUUAAUACAGAUUUGUCGAGACGAGCAGUAUGUCAACGUGGCAGAAGGUUGAUCCGAGUGCUUCUCCAAGAUUGCCACGCGAGACUCCGCAAGUACCGUCAAAGGAUUGACCAAGAAAUGACCAAAUGCUGUGAGUUCAUGGGCGAGAUCGGUACAAAUCUGCACCUGCAGAGGAUAGCUGAACAAGCCCGUGAACAGAGAAUGAUAUGCGACGCAGCACUGGAGAACAAAUUCCGAAAGUUGCCAAAUCCAACGUCGCCCAGAAACGACAAACCUGUCGUCAAAGGAGCUGACGAAGGAUCACAUGCAGGUUUUAAGGCACGAAGCUUCAUUCAACACGACUGACACCAAAAGUGUUAACAUGAUCGCAGCAGUGGAAUCAAUCCUUAGUCAGACGGGGGCAACGGUUGAGACCAAGAGCCUCAUCCGACACCAAGUGUCGUCUCCCCUAAUGGCCCACAGGCCGCGAGACGUGCUUUCCAAGGUCGAACGUGAUGCGCUUAGAGAACUCAAGGCCGACAAAGAUUUGGUCAUCGUGCCAGCGGACAAGGGGAGCUCCACGGUUGUGCUGGACAGGACAGACUACCUUCAAAAAGCCAAAGGUUUACUGGAGGACCGACAGUUCUAUGUUCCAUGUGCAACGAACCCUGUAAAAUUGCUGACACGCUAAAUUAAUGCUACGUGGUUGGCCUUGGAGAACUCAGGUGCAAUAACACCGACCGACAGACGCAUGGCGAGACCCCAAGCUAGGGCUUUGGCCCGAUUCUAUGGCCUCCCUAAGGUGCACGAAGACGACGCCCCUCUCCGACCCAUCGUGUCGCUAAAAGGUACGCCAACGUACGGACUGGCUAAGUGGCUGUUCCGGCGUCUUAAGUUCCUGAACGCUGAGUCAGACACCACGGUCUCUUCGUCAGCAGAAUUCCUGGAGAAAUUCAAGGGGGAAGGCCUCCACCCAAAUGAGGUCAUGGUAUCUUUUGAUGUUACACCCCGUUUUACUUCUAUUCCCCAGGACCUGCCCAUCGAGACAAUCGACCUGCUUCUACAAAGUAAAUACGAUGAAACGGAGAAUCGUCUUGGACGCGCCCAAGUCCUUCAGCUCCUGAAGUUCUGUCUCAGGACGUACUUUACUUUCGACUGGACAAUCUACGAACAGGUGAAGGCACACCAAUGUGUUCGCCGAAUUCGGGGCUCAUUGCCGAGGCGGUCCUACAACGGUUAG